GCGGUGCAGUCGGGCUCGCGCCGGGCGGAGAGCGCGGAGCUGCGGGAGCGUCAGGUGAGCCCGCGCGGGUCCGGCCGGUCCUGGGGUUCGAAGGCGGGUCGGCCGAGGUGCGGGAGCGCGCUGCGCCGGCCUGCCGGGACAGCGCCUGCCUGUGGAAGUGCCUCGGACGCGGUGGCUCGGCCCGGGUCCCACCCUCCGGGUCCCGGCGCCACUGCCGUGGUCGGGCUGUGUGGCAUUCCUUCGUGUCCCCUCUUCCCGCCUCCACCCACGCUGCUUUCCGCCCAUUCACUCAGGAGGGUUUCUGGAAUGCCCACGGUGGGCGCCGAGCUGGCAAGCCCGCGAACCUUGCUGAGUGUCCAAGGUCUUGAUAGAACUUUUGCGAAGGGAAUGAUUUGGUGAUGGAGUGUUCCUCCUGACCGAUGGACUCAAAGAAGAAAAGCUCAACAGAGGCAGAAGGAGCCAAAGAAAGAGGCCUGGUCCAUGUCUGGCAGGCAGGAUCCUUUGCUCUAACACCAGAGAGGUUGCCAGGCUGGGGAGGAAAGACUGUCCUUCAGGCAGCCCUGGGGGUGAAGCAUGGAGUUCUUCUGACUGAAGAUGGCGAGGUCUACAGCUUCGGGACCCUUCCCUGGAAAAGCGAAUCAGCAGACAUUUGUCCAAGCAGCCCUCUUCUAGAAAGUGCCUUGGUUGGGCAUCGUGUUGUUUCAGUGGCGGCGGGGAGCUUCCACAGUGGAGCAGUGACAGAAAGCGGGGUGGUGUACAUGUGGGGGGAGAACGCGGCUGGCCAGUGUGCAGUCGCUAACCAGCGGUCUGUGCCGGAGCCGAGUCCCGUCAGCAUCUCUGACUCGGAGACCAGCCCUUUGUUGGCAGUGAGGAUUCUGCAGUUGGCAUGUGGCGAGGAACACACACUGGCACUGUCGAUCAGCAGAGAGAUCUGGGCAUGGGGCACCGGCUGUCAGCUGGGUCUCAUCACCACCACCUUCCCAGUGACAAAGCCUCAAAAGGUGGAGCACCUUGCUGGCCGGGUGGUGCUCCAGGUCGCCUGCGGUGCGUUCCACAGCCUGGCACUUGUACAGUGCCUCCCCCCGCAGGACCUGAAGCCAGUCCCGGAGAGAUGCAUCCAGUGCAGCCAGCUGCUCAUCACCAUGACAGACAAAGAGGACCAUGUGAUAAUCUCAGACAGCCACUGCUGCCCUUUAGGGGUGACGCUGUCCGAGUCCCAAGCAGAAGAUCACGUCAGCACUACCCCCAGCCUUCACGCAGAGCCGGAGACGCUGGAUGGGCAGGGGGAGGUGUUUGAGAACACUUCGGUAGAAGCUGAUCCGAAUGUGGGAACUGUGCAGACCACAAGUGGCAAUGCUGUUUCCUCUCAGCAGAACAUCGAGGGGACGGCCGAAGUGUCUUCAGCCAGAGCAGCUCCCUCAUACCCCGACACCCAGGCAGUAACUGCAUAUCUGCAGAAGCUGUCCGAGCAUCCAGUGAGGGAGAACCAGGAGCAUGGAGAAAAGCCACCCCAGGUCCAGCUUCCUGUAGCAGAAGCCGUCCCUGACCUUCACAGUCCACCGACCACAAGCACCUCAGCCCUCAACAGCCUGGUGGUCUCCUGUGCAUCUGCUGUCGGCGUGAGAGUGGCGGCCACAUACGAAGCCGGGGCCUUGUCUCUCAAGAAAGUCAUGAACUUUUACAGCGCUUCUCCUGGUGAGACAGGAGCCCAGGCAGGCAGUGCUCCCACAGGCCCGGACAGUCUGAAAGAUCUCAGAGGAGAGCAGGUGAAGCAGGAGUCAAUGCAAGGAAAGAAGAGCUCAAGUCUUGUGGAUAUCAGAGAGGAGGAGGCGGAGGGAGGCAGUCGAAGACUCUCCCUCCCAGGACUGCUGUCACAGGUUUCCCCCAGGCUCUUAAGAAAGGCUGCAAGGGUCAAAACUCGGACAGUGGUUCUGACUCCCACAUACAGUGGAGAAGCAGAUGCCCUCCUGCCUUCCCUGAGGACAGAGGUGUGGGCCUGGGGGAAAGGCAAGGAAGGGCAGCUGGGGCACGGCGACGUCCUGCCCAGGCUUCAGCCAUUGUGUGUCAAGUGUCUGGAUGGUAAAGAGGUGAUUCACCUGGAGGCAGCCGGUUCCCACUCUCUUGCACUUACUGCGAAAUCUCAGGUUUACUCCUGGGGCAGUAACACCUUUGGUCAGCUCGGGCAUUCUGAUUUUCCAACAACAGUUCCUCGACUCUCAAAGGUUAACGGUGGAAAUGGGGUCUGGAGUAUAGCUGCAGGCCAGGAUUAUUCCUUGUUUUUAGUGGACACCGAUGACUUCCAGCCUGGGUUGUAUUACAGUGGCCGACAGGACCCUGCAGAAGGUGACACCCUUCCAGAGAAUCCCAGUGGGACAAAGACUCCAGUCCUUCUCUCCUGUAGCAAGCUUGGAUAUAUAAGCAGAGUGACAGCAGGAAAAGAUAGCUAUCUUGCCUUGGUGGACAAGAACAUCAUGGGGUAUAUCGCCAGUCUCCAUGAAUUGGCUACUACGGAAAGGCGGUUUUACUCAAAACUCAGCGAUAUCAAAUCUCAGAUACUCAGGCCUCUUCUCAGUUUAGAAAAUUUGGGCACUGUGACUACUGUCCAGCUGUUGCAGGAAGUUGCAAGCCGGUUCAGCAAGUUGUGUUACCUCAUUGGGCAGCAUGGAGUCUCACUUAGCAGCUUCCUGCAGGGCGUGAAGGAAGCCAGGAGCCUGGUCAUCAUGAAGCACUCGAGUCUUUUCUUGGACAGUUACACAGAGUACUGCGCAUCAGUUUCAAACUUCCUGGUGAUGGGAGGAUUCCAGCUCCUCGCAAAGCCUGCCAUUGAUUUCCUAAAUAAAAACCAAGAACUCCUACAAGAUUUGUCAGAAGUGAAUGAUGAGAACACUCAGUUGAUGGAAAUACUGAAUAUGCUGUUUUUCUUGCCAAUCAGACGACUUCAUAAUUACGCAAAAGUGUUGCUAAAGCUCGCCACUUGCUUUGAAGUGGCAUCUCCAGAGUAUCAAAAGCUGCAGGAUUCCAGUUCUUGUUAUGAGUCUCUUGCUCUCCAUCUCGGCAGGAAGAGGAAGGAAGCAGAGUACACACUGGGCUUCUGGAAGACCUUUCCUGGAAAAAUGACGGAUUCCUUGAGGAAGCCGGAGCGUCGACUGCUGUGUGAGAGCAGCAACCGAGCCCUCUCUCUGCAGCAUGCGGGCAGGUUUUCUGUGAAUUGGUUUAUUCUCUUCAAUGAUGCCCUGGUCCAUGCUCAGUUCUCCACACACCACGUGUUCCCUCUGGCCACGCUCUGGGCAGAGCCACUUUCUGAAGAAGCCGGCAGCGUGAAUGGCUUAAAGAUAACCACACCAGAGGAACAGUUCACGCUCAUUUCCUCAACACCCCAGGAAAAGACCAAGUGGCUUCGGGCCAUCAGCCAAGCUGUGGACCAGGCCUUGAGGGGGACGUCUGAUUUCCCACUUUACGGAGGCGGCGGCAGUGUUCAGAGGCAGGAGCCACCCAUCUCAAGAAGUGCCAAAUAUACUUUCUACAAGGAUCCUCGCCUAAAGGAUGCCACUUACGAUGGGCGCUGGCUUUCGGGGAAGCCUCAUGGCAGGGGUGUUUUGAAGUGGCCUGAUGGAAAGAUGUAUUCUGGCAUGUUCAGGAAUGGCUUGGAAGAUGGAUACGGUGAAUACAGAAUCCCAAACAAGGCCCUAAACAAAGAAGACCAUUAUGUAGGCCAUUGGAAAGAAGGAAAGAUGUGUGGUCAAGGAGUCUAUAGCUAUGCCUCUGGUGAAGUGUUUGAAGGCUGCUUUCAAGAUAACAUGCGCCAUGGGCAUGGUCUCCUCCGGAGUGGAAAGCUGACUUCUUCUUCUCCUAGCAUGUUCAUUGGCCAGUGGGUAAUGGAUAAGAAGGCAGGAUAUGGCGUCUUUGAUGAUAUCACUAGGGGAGAAAAGUACAUGGGAAUGUGGCAAGAUGAUGUGUGCCAAGGGAAUGGGGUGGUCGUUACCCAGUUUGGGUUAUAUUAUGAAGGCAACUUCCAUCUUAAUAAAAUGACGGGAAAUGGAGUUUUGCUUUCAGAAGAUGAUACUAUCUAUGAAGGAGAAUUUUCCGACGACUGGACCCUUAGUGGAAAGGGAACACUGACCAUGCCCAAUGGAGAUUAUAUUGAAGGCUAUUUUAGUGGAGAAUGGGGGUCUGGGAUAAAAAUCACUGGGACCUACUUCAAACCAAGCCUGUAUGAGAGCGAGAAAGACAGGCCCAGAGCCCUCAGGAAGCUGGGAAACCUGGCAGUGGCCGCAGAUGAGAAAUGGAGAGCAGUGUUCGAUGAAUGUUGGCACCAGCUGGGCUGCGAGGGCCCAGGCCAAGGGGAAGUUUGGAAAGCGUGGGAUAACAUUGCCGUGGCCUUGACCACCAGUCGACGCCAGCACAGAGACAGUCCAGAAAUGUUAAGCCGCUCACAGACUCAGACGCUUGAGAGUUUGGAGUACAUUCCCCAGCACGUUGGUGCCUUCUCUGUGGAGAAAUAUGAGAACAUCAAGAAGUAUUUAAUAAAGGCCUGUGACACCCCUCUGCACCCGCUGGGCAGGCUGGUGGAGACCCUGGUGGCUGUGUAUAGAAUGACAUACGUGGGUGUGGGGGCCAACCGGCGGUUACUGCAGGAGGCUGUCAAGGAGAUUAAGUCCUACCUCAAGCGGAUCUUCCAGCUCGUGAGGUUCUUAUUUCCUGAGCUUCCUGAAGAGGGCAGCACAAUUCCUCUGGCUGCUCCUCUACCCACCGGAAGGAGAUCCUUCUGCACUGGGAAAUCAGAUUCCACAUCCGAGUCCCCAGAGCCGGGUUACGUAGUGACGAGUUCUGGCCUAGUGCUCCCUGUGCUGCUGCCCCGGCUCUACCCGCCACUCUUCAUGCUUUACGCCCUGGACAAUGACCGUGAGGAAGACGUUUACUGGGAGUGUGUGCUUCGCCUAAACAAGCAAGCAGAUAUCGCUCUCCUGGGCUUUCUCGGAGUGCAGAGGAAAUUUUGGCCAGCAACCCUGUCAAUCCUGGGAGAGAGCAAAAAGGUUUUGCCAACCACAAAAGACGCUUGUUUUGCCUCUGCGGUGGAGUGCCUGCAGCAGAUCAGCACAACAUUUACUCCGUCAGACAAACUUAAAGUCAUUCAGCAGACCUUUGAAGAGAUCUCCCAGAGUGUCCUGGCCUCACUGCAGGAGGACUUCCUGUGGUCCAUGGAUGACUUGUUCCCUGUCUUCUUAUAUGUGGUGCUACGGGCCAGGAUUCGGAAUUUAGGCUCUGAAGUCCACCUCAUUGAGGAUCUGAUGGACCCCUAUCUCCAGCAUGGGGAACAAGGCAUAAUGUUCACCACCUUGAAGGCAUGUUACUACCAGAUUCAGCGUGAGAAGCUUAACUAGGGUACCUGACAGCUUAAGAACUGGAUUAUCUUCUUCGGAGGCUGCAGCACCAUCUGGAAUCGUCUGAUGGUGGCAAAAAGAACAGUGUUGAAAUUGGAAUGGACUGUGUGUUGUUUUGGUUGUCAUUUCUGAGCCUUACUGAUAAUUAGAGCCCUGAGCUCAGGGUGGAAAACCUACUGUAUAGUUCAAAUGGAGAAUGGAAAAGGAAAUAGGAAUCCUCUUAGACAGUCUUUGCUGUACUAAGAUCCAUACACCUACUUAGAAAAGGAAGCCGGUUACCUCUUUCCUGUAGUGAAAGGUGUCAGCUCCAUGGAAUUGCAGGAAAAUUUCCCAAGAAAGCUGCUUAUGUGAAAGAAGUUGCUGACUGUUUUUAAGUUCCUGGUUUGUCCACAUCCAUUUGCAAUUAACCCCACAUCCCUGGGCAAGGAGUAGGUUGUGCUUGAAACUGAAGUAGCCGUACCUUGCCUUCCUAGAUUCUUUCCAUCCACUUGAGCAUAAUGCUGCUUUGCUGGGGGAAGAAGAGGAAUUUUUAAAUUGCAGUUUUAAUCUUUUAUAAGCCCCUCCACCAGGGUAUUUGUGGUGGGAGAGGUUCCAUGAGGUGACUGGUCCAGACAUGGAAUACAUCCAAAUAGGAACUUCUGCCUCCUGAUUGAAAAGGACGUAGGGAUACACUGGAAUUCAGACCCUGAUGCUGAGCUGCUACAGAGCCUCACUGGUCCAGGCAGCUGCGUUCCCAGGAGGCCAGCACAGGCUUUGCGUGGAGACAGAAGACUGGGAAAUGUGGAAGGAAGCAGGGGGCUGCAGCCUGUGGCCUUCCCUCUACCUCACACUGAACUCAGACGGGAAGAAAGGAAAGACACACUGGGCUGUUCCAACCUCAGAAGUAUUGUGACACCACAUUUCCACGGUCUGCUUCUUGACAACCCCCCUUGUAGGUCGGUGGUUUACACUGUAGCAGUGACGUAGCUGUUUGGCUAACACAGGUGCUCUUCCCCUCUCAUGUGCUGUACUCCGUGGGGAGCAGUGUCCUGACUCAUGUGAAAUGACUCAGCAGGCAUUAAUUACUUUUGAAAAGGAUCAUGAUUUCCGAGCUACUUUAUAAUCAAGACAAGUGUUUGUUAAAAUACUGUUUUGGAAUGUUGGCUGUAAUGUAACAGCAGUUUUCAUAAUAAAAGACAUUCAUCUCUA